AUGUCGUCUAAUACCCAUGAAUCCAAGCCCAGAAGCAUACUGGUCAUGCUUGCGACAGGAAAACAAGGCAGCAGUGUCGUGCGUGCUCUAGCGAACGCCAAUGCGCUCGCUGCUGCCGCUUCCCAGCCACACCCAUGGUACAUCCUCGCCCAAACCCGAAAUCCGCCAUCCUCCCCAAAAGCCGGCUCAAUAUUUGGCCUUCCUGGAGUUCAUGCUGUCAAGGGUCUUCCAACCAACCCCGCAGCGCUCUUUUCGGCUGCCAACUUGCCCAAGGACACACCUCUACCGAUUUGGGGCGUGUUUUCCGUCCAGCAAAGCGCCGACAACCCGAAAAGUAUGCCAGGAGAGAUAUUCGAGAGCAAGAAACUUGCAGAUGCAGCAAAAGAGCACGGCGUCAAGCAUUUUGUUUACUCCAGCGUCCAGUUUGGUGGUAUGGAAGGGAGGAAAACCCACGUUCCUCACUUCGAAUCAAAGCGUGAAAUCGAGGAAUACAUCGAGAAAACACACUCAACCCUACCUACGACCAUUCUCCGACCCGUCACAUUUAUGGACCAGCUCUGUCUUGCCGAGCUCGCCCACGCUAACAGCCAUGCAAAACCCCCGUCUGAUUUUGCCUCACGCUUGACGAGACACAUCUUCUUCACGCAACUAAAACCGGGCAAAAGACUUCAGUUCAUUGCUGUCAGCGACAUCGGGGUCAUGGCCGCCAUCGUGUUUGCACAUCCAGAAGUCUACAUCAAUCCAUUGCGGGAAGGCACCUAUCUGGAUUCUAAUGGGCGGUUCAAGGACGUUGACCUUGCUGGGGAUGAGUUGAGCGGGAAAGAUAUGGCAGAUGUGUGGCGCGAGGUUUUCGCGAAUAAUCAUACGGGGUAUGACAGGGAGUUUAAGGCUCAAAGCUUCGUCAUGCCCUUCCUGUCGAAACUUGUCGGCAGGGGAAUGAAGGAGGUCAGGCUCAUGUUUGAGUUCUUCAACGAGCCGGGAUUCAAUACGGACAUCCCGGCCUUGCGUGUCAUCCACCCGAAAUUGAAGGACUUUCAGACGUUUUUGAAGCAAGAAGUGUUGUUAGAAGGGUCUGUGGAUAUCUCAUAA